ACCCCGGGCUCGCCAUGCUCCUGGCCUCGGCCGUGGUGGUCUGGGAAUGGCUGAACGAGCACGGCCGCUGGCGUCCCUACAGCCCAGCGGUGAGCCACCACAUCGAGGCGGUGGUCCGCGCCGGCCCCCGCGCGGGGGGCAGCGUGGUGCUGGGCCAGGUGGACAGCCGUCUCGCGCCCUACAUCAUCGACCUGCAAUCCAUGAACCAGUUCCGCCAAGACACGGGAACUCUCCGCCCAGUUCGCCGCAACUACUACGACCCCUCCUCGGCCCCUGGGAAGGGCGUGGUGUGGGAGUGGGAGAACGACAAUGGCUCCUGGACGCCCUACGACAUGGAAGUGGGCAUCACCAUCCAGCAUGCCUAUGAGAAGCAGCACCCCUGGAUCGACCUCACUUCCAUUGGCUUUAGCUACGUCAUUGACUUCAACACCAUGGGCCAGAUCAACCGUCAGACCCAGCGCCAACGCCGUGUCCGCCGGCGCCUCGACCUCAUCUACCCCAUGGUCACGGGGACCUUGCCUAAGACUCAGUCCUGGCCAGUCAGCCCUGGGCCAGCCACCUCGCCCCCCAUGUCCCCCUGCUCCUGUCCCCAGUGUGUCUUGGUGAUGAGUGUUAAGGCAGCCGUGGUCAAUGGCAGCACUGGGCCCCUACAGCCGCCAGUGACCCGCAAGAACAUGCCCCCUCCUGGCGUGGUCAAGCUGCCCCCACCACCAGGCUCUGGGGCCAAGCCACUGGACAGCACAGGCACCAUUCGAGGCCCACUGAAGACCGCCCCAUCGCAGGUGAUCCGGAGACAAGCCUCCAGCAUGCCCACUGGGACAACCGUGGGCUCUCCUGCCAGCCCCCCAGGACCCAACGGCAAGACCGGAAGGGUGGCCCUGGCCACCUUGAAUCGUUCCAACCUGCAGCGACUCGCCAUUGCCCAGUCCCGGGUGCUGAUCGCCUCUGGGGUCCCCACAGUCCCAGUGAAGAACCUAAAUGGGUCCAGUCCUGUCAACCCUGCCUUGGCAGGAAUCACUGGGAUCCUCAUGAGUGCAGCGGGGCUGCCUGUGUGUCUCACCAGGCCACCAAAGCUGGUCCUACACCCACCCCCCGUCAGCAAGAGUGAAAUAAAAUCCAUCCCAGGGGUUUCCAACACAAGCCGCAAGACCACCAAAAAACAAGCCAAGAAAGGUAAAACCCCGGAGGAAGUGCUAAAAAAAUAUCUACAGAAAGUCCGGCACCCACCAGAUGAGGACUGCACCAUCUGUAUGGAACGCCUCACGGCCCCCUCAGGCUACAAGGGCCCGCAGCCUACGGUAAAACCUGACCUGGUAGGGAAGCUGUCCAGAUGCGGCCACAUCUACCACAUCUACUGCUUGGUUGCCAUGUACAACAAUGGGAACAAGGAUGGGAGUUUGCAGUGUCCAACCUGCAAGACCAUUUAUGGGGUGAAGACAGGCACCCAACCUCCGGGGAAGAUGGAGUACCACCUCAUCCCCCACUCCUUGCCUGGCCACCCAGACUGCAAAACCAUCCGGAUCAUCUACAGCAUCCCCCCUGGCAUUCAGGGACCGGAACACCCGAAUCCUGGGAAGAGUUUCAGUGCCCGAGGCUUCCCACGACACUGUUACCUUCCGGACAGCGAGAAAGGGAGAAAAGUUCUGAAGCUGCUGCUCGUGGCCUGGGAUCGCCGCCUCAUUUUUGCCAUUGGCACCUCCAGCACCACAGGCGAGUCAGACACCGUUAUCUGGAAUGAGGUCCACCACAAGACAGAGUUUGGCUCUAAUCUCACUGGCCAUGGCUACCCAGAUGCCAAUUACCUGGAUAAUGUGCUGGCUGAACUGGCUGCCCAGGGCAUCUCUGAGGACAGCACUGCCCAGGAGAAGGACUGAGGCCAGAAAAGCUUUGAGGUGGGAGGGGCCGUGGAGACUGCAGGACAGGAAGUGAGGAGAGUGAAUCAAUGUAGAAGAAGUUGGUGUCCUGCCCUCCCAACUUUCUAUCCUCCCCUCCUGCCCUGUGUCCAUCCCUCAUCCCUCCCAACCACAGCGGGAGCCAGACUGAAUAUAGCGACAUCAUUCAUAAAUCUCAUCCAACACAAAGGGAGAUGGGAUGAGGACCAUCCUGGGUCUGUUCCCAUGGAGUUUUUGGUGCUGGGUAGGCAGGAAUCCCCUCCCUACCCCACCUCCCAGGUAGGGGCAUGGUCAGCACACCUGGGGUAUGGGCAGUGCCUAGGCACUCCAUAUCCUGGCUUUGGGAAGCCGGGGUUUCUUGCCUCAGCCGGCUUCUUGCUACUUCCACUCUGCUUUGAGACUGGAGUUUCUGCUAUUCUCCCUCUGCUGGAGGCAGGGAGCUCUCACUGUGCAAGGUUGGGGGGUGGGCAAAGGGGUGAACCACUAAACUGCUGUGACAUCAGAAACUGAUGCCUUGGCGUAGAGCGAGGAAGCACUUCUUCCCAAGAGGGUCGGUGAAGGAAAAGCCUCUGGGAGCACAUUCCGCUCUCAUCACAGUCCUUGGCUUCUCUGGGCCCUCCUCUCCUCCUCACAGCUCUGACCUGUCCAAAGAGGCAUCUGGUUCUCUCAUGUGGAUGGAUGGACUCUGGGGUUCCUCUUUGGGGUGGCAUCCCAUGAUGCUGUUUCUAGCCCCUCUCUGAUCAAACCAGAGCCAGCAUCCCACUGAGUAUCUGAACUGUCCUCAGGGAGAGGAGCCCACAGCCUUCUUCCCAACUCAUUCUAGG